AUGUGUGACCGAAAGAUGGUAAUCAAAAAUGCAGACGUGUCAAAAGAGGUGCAACAGGAUUCAGUGGAGUGUGCUACUCAGUUGCUGGAGAAAUAUAACAUAGAAAAGAACAUUGCAGAGCAUAUCAAGAAGGAGUUUGGCAAGAAGUACAACCCCAUGUGGCACUGCAUUUUGAGGAGGAACUUUGGUAGUUAUGUGGCGCAUGAAACCAAACACUUCAUCUACUACAUGGGCCAGGUGGCCAUUCUUCUGUUCAAAUCUGGUUAA